ACCCUAGUUGACUGUCAACUCCUGUCCGGAUUCUAUAAGUCCUUCGAUCGAGUCAGUAGGUUUGUCAGUCAGGGGGUAGAGUCUAAAUGGUGAGGAGUGAAACCGUUGUUUGGUUGUGCACCAGACACCAUGGUUGAUACCCGUAGUGGAAAGAGUACCACCCCCUACACGCAGGGUCAAGAGGAGCGUGCCGCCGCCAUUUUAGAAGAAAGAAAGGAGAUGAAGGAGAAGAAAGAGCUCCUUAAGCAGGCGAAGUUAAAAGCAAUCGUAGAGGAGCAGGCGGCGAAGAAGAAGAAGUUGGAGGAAGAGAUGAGGAGAUUAGAACAGGAAGAGGAAGAGAAGAGGAAGGCUGCCGAAGAAGAAGCAGCAGCAGAGGAGGACGUAGAAGAAGAACCCCUUGAAAGGAGGCGUGGGGGAGAUAAAGGAGAGACAAGUGGCACGAAGGGAGAGGACGCAUGGAUGGAGAAAAAGAUUAGCGAGUGGGUGGCUAACUUAUCGUUGGCAGAAGACGAAGAGGCACUGCUGUAUGUGCCCCAGGAGGAGAGAGAAGCAUUCGCCAGGGAAUUGGAAGCGAUGGAGGACCCCCUGGAACGUCAGACAGCAGAAGAUGAAAAGUUGGAGUGGAAGUUGCGUAUGAUGAGGGAGAAGAAGAGGAGGAGGGAGAAAGCCAACCGGAUGGCUAGAGAGGUGGAGAAAGUCCGGGCAUGUAGACAGGAGGUGCAGGCACAGGUAGAAAACCCUGCAAAGUUAGAUAAGAUUUUGGGGUACCUGGAGGUUCUGAGUGAGGCCUAGCUUGAGGAGCAUCAGGCCAACAAGGGUCAAGAUGUGACCUUUCAUGCCAUCCGGUCCAGUUUCAGAGAGUUUGCGCGCGACGUGGUAACCCACAUCC